UCCACUCGCCCGUGGUCUGCAGCCAGACCCCUCUCGUUAUAAGGGUCUUAGGCGUUUCGCUACAGUCAUUAAGAUUUGGAAACGUAAACUGCUUUUUCUUUAGUAGAACAUAUAUCGUUACGUGUAUUAGUCAGUCCCAGUCAGUAUAAACAUCUCUGUUGGUCUUUAGCGGGUUUUGUUGACAGUCGUCGCUCUCAGUCGGGAGGGUGUGUUUCAGAAAAAAAACAAAACAAAAAAAAAAAACACAACGACUUUUAAUAAUACCGAAGUCAGAUAUGAAGGAGAUUUUCAAAAUCUUUCAGUUUUUAUUACUAAUGUGCGGUGUGUUUGGUGCUGAUGAAGAUGAAGUGAAGCCAGUGUCAGUGAUGGAGGGAGAUUCUGUCACUCUAAACCCUGAUCUCACUAAAAUACAGGGAUUUAAUCAGAUACUUUGGAGGUUUGGCAGUCAGGGCUCUACCAUUGCUAGAAUUGUUGAAAAGGUGAUCUCAGAUGAAGAAGAGGAGAUAUUCAUAGGCAGACUGCAGCUGGAUCAGACUGGAUCUCUGACCAUCAAGAACAUGAAAACCAAACACUCUGGUCGUUAUAAAGCAGAGAUCAGCCACAGCGCUGGGGCGUUGUUCACAAUAUUCAUUGUUACCGUCUAUGAGUCUCCGGCUGUUGUUGAUCCUGCUAAAGGUGAAAUGAAGAUCGUGUCAGUGACGGAGGGAGAUCCUGUCACCCUUCAGACUGAUGUUACUGAACUACAGGGAGAUGAGCUGAUAGUGUGGAGGUUUGGAGAUGAAGGAAAACUCAUAGCUAAACAUGAUAUAGAGGCCAAGAGCUCACCAUUAUAUGAUACUGAUGAGAGAUUCAGAGACAGACUGCAGCUGGAUCAGACUGGAUCUCUGAUCAUCACAAACACCAGAACCACAGACUCUGGACUUUAUAAAGUGAAGAUCAACAGCAACAAACAGACCUUAAACCAGAAAUACAUUGUUACUGUCAGUGCUGUUCCAGAUUCAGUACCAGGUCUGUCUCCAGCUGCUGUAGCAGGGAUAGUUGUUGUUGUUCUGCUGGUGUCUGCAGCUGCUGCUGGUGUGAUGUACUUCCGUCACCGCAGGACCACUAAACUACCAAGCCAAACGUGGUCAGUGCCGGUGGGAGAUUGUAUCACUCUAAACCCUGAGACUGAGAUACGGACAAGUGAUGAGAUACAGUGGCUGCACGGAGAUGAAGAGACUCUCAUAGCUGGAAUCAGAAGAGAUAACAGAGAGAUGAACACAUAUUGGGGUCCUGAUGAGAUAUUCACGUACAGACUGAAGCUGGACAAGACGACUGGAUCACUGACCAUCAAGCUCAUCCUCACUGAACACACUGGACUUUAUACUCUGAAGAUCAGAAGAGGCAGAGAAACCUUACACAAAAAAUUCACGGUUUCUAUCGAAGAGAGGAUAGCAGUGAUAGAGGGAGAUUCUGUCACUCUAUACUCUGAUACUGUAAUACAGACAGAUGAUGAGAUACAGUGGCUGUUUGAUGAUAAAGAGCAGCAGACUGUCCUGGCUGAAAUCAAGACCACAGAGGUGACUAAACAUGAUAAAACUGAUGAGAGAUUCAGAAACAGACUGGAGCUGAACAAGAAGACAGGAUCACUGACUGUCAGAAACUUCACAGCUGCACACUCUGGACUCUACACUCUGAAGAUCAGAAGAGGCACAAAAACCUCGUACAGAAGAUUCAUCAUUUAUAUCAGAGAGAGGAGGACAGCAGCGACGGAGGGAGAGGAUGUCACUCUAAACCCUGAUACUGAAAUAAUCGAUGAUAGUUUGAUGCGGUGGAUGUUUGGAGAUGAAGAGCAGCAGACUCUUAUAGCUGAAAUCAAAGAAAAGACCGGAGAAUUUUGGAUAUAUGAUUAUGCUGCUGGUGGGAGAUUCAGAGACAGACUGAAGCUGGACACGACGACUGGAUCUCUGACCAUCAACAACACCAGAACCACAGACUCUGGAGUCUAUACACUAGAGAUCACAUCCAGCAGAGGGGCUUCAGACCAGACAUUUUUUGUCACUGUCAAAGAUAAAGUGGAGAAGAAAUCACUGAACGAGGGAGAUUCUGUCACUCUAAACCCUGAUACUGAAAUACAGAGAGAUGAUCAGAUCCUGUGGAUGUUUGGAGCUCAAGACUAUCUCAUUGCUCAAAUCAGAGGAGGGACUGUAGAGAGAUAUGAUGAUGGUGUUAAUAAGAGAUUCAGAGACAGACUGAAGCUGGACAGGACGACUGGAUCACUGACCAUCACAGACAUCUCAACUGAACACACUGGACUUUAUAAACUAUUGACCAUCAGCAGCAGCAGAGGGACCUUGUUCAAGAAAUUCAAUGUUUUAAUACACUUGAAGUAUGAGGUAGUGACUGCAGGAGAUUCUGUCCAUCUAUACACUGGUCUUACUGGAAAACAUACAGCUGAUAAGAUACAGUGGAGGUUUGGAGAUGAAGAGACUCUCAUAGCUGAAAUCAAAGGAGGGACCGUAGAGACAUAUGAUGUUCCUGAUGAGAGAUUCAGAGACAGACUGGAGCUGAACGAGACGACUGGAGAUCUGAUCAUCAAGAACUCUACAGCUGAACAUGCUGGAUAUUAUAAACUGAAGAUCCGCAGCAGUGAAGGGGACACAAGCAGGACAUUCAUUGUUUUUAUCAGAGGUGCUGCUGUCACAAAUGAAGCGAGGAAGAAAUCAGAGACGAAGGAGAAGAACGACUCCAGAGAGAACCGAGGGAAUGAAUCAGCGACUGUAGAGAUGCCGCUGUUGAAUGGAGAGGAUGUUGGAUGAAGUGAAUGAGGAGGAGGGGACGAGUUCACUUUAAUAACAUAAGACCCGCCCACCAGUGUCAAUCACUCUGACAUCAUCAACAUUUCAGUUCCAGCUACAACAACAAAACAUUUUUAAUUUGAAAGAUGCUAUGUGUUAUUACUCUGACUCUACCAACAAAUCUAAAAAUAUAUAUUUUCAUUUUUUAAAUUUUGUUUGGCCAAUUUUGAUGGGCUCAAUUCCUACUCUUUCACAUUUUCUGAUUGAGGUUGACUUACAGCUCAUCUUUUUGUUUGACUGGCAAAAGAAAAAAGUCAAGUUUUCAAGUUUUUGAAACUAUAUGAAAAUGAAUUUCUAUUGACUCUGAUUAAGUUCAGACAGCUCUCUUUCAUUUCUCUUUAUUUUAUUAUUAUUAUAUUUUUAAUAUAUUGUAAGCUACCUUCCCCUUUGUUUUAAUUUUCCUAAUCAUAUGUAUACAGUUAUUCUUACUUAUA